ACUGCAGCCACGGUUACAGACAAAGUUGAUCACCAUUCAAGUGACACCGAGGAAUGUGCUAGUAAAACCCGCUUUCGAGAUGAAGGAGGAGCUAAACUGGGCAAGAAAAUUGGUUUAUUAAAUAGCAUCAGCAUUAUUGUCGGAUCCGUGAUCGGGUCGGGAAUUUUUGUUACUCCACAGGGAAUCCUGAGACAAACACACAGCUUCGGAGCAAGCAUGAUUAUAUGGGUUUCAUGUGGCCUUUUCACAUUUCUCGGAGCUUACUGUUACGCGGAGUUGGGGACAAUGAUCCCGAAGUCAGGAGCGGACUACUCCUAUACUUUCGAAGCCUUUGGCCCGUUUUUCGGAUUUCUUCGACUGUGGCUAGAAGUGAUCGUGGUGAGACCGGUUUCCGCUGCUGUUCUGUCAAUGGUGUUUGCAGACUAUAUCCUGGAUCCAGGAUUUAUUACAUGCGCCACAUUCCACACUUCGGCUGUUCGAUUACUAGCCUGUAUUUGCGUGCUAAUUGUUGGGUUCAUAAACUCUCUGUCCGUCCGCUGGUCCACACGAGCGCAAGACUUUUCAACCUUUACCAAAGUCUCCGCACUUAUUACGAUCAUCGUUACCGGAUUUGUGCAAAUAGCACGAGGCCGGACAGACGCACUCAGUGCUCCGUUUGAAGAUUCGAAUCUGGACCCGGGCGAUUUGACUGUAGCCUUCUACAACGGCUGGUUUGCCUACACCGGUUGGCACUACUUCAACGCUAUGGUGGAAGAGAUGAAAAAUCCCCGUCGAGAUCUGGUCUUGGCACAUCUCAUAUCGUGUGUAUUUAUCAUAGCGCUCUAUACACUGGCCAACCUUGCCUACGUGACCGUGCUUUCGAUCCCAGAGAUAUUGGAGGCAGAUACCGUCGCUGUUGUGAGUACAGUAUAUCAU